AUGGAAAUUUUCCCUGAAGCCGACGUUAUCUGGUGGAAUGCGUCCAACUACUACAUUCGCUGUCCAUUCUGUGAGGAAGUUCAUUGCCACGGCAUAAACUGGGAGGCACAGAAGUUGAGAUACUCGCAUUGCGAGAAGAUGGGAAUUUAUCAUUGCUGCUUCCCCAUGAACGAUCAAGGGGAGGUUGCGUACGAAAUCGACAAGAGACGAGGACGUUAUCACAACAUUUGUGUAUCGUAUGAGAGUGAUAGGGAGGAUGAUGAUGAUGUUGAUCGUUUGACGAUUCAAUUUGCUCAAGAGGCUGCCGUCGCAGUACAGAGAGAAGAAAAUUUUACGAGUAUUCACCAAGACGCAAAGGAAGUUGUCACCAUCAAUCCAGGACAUGGAGUCGACCCAUUCGAACAGAAAAGAAUUCUUCAACCGAUCAGUGACUGCGCUAGCGGGGAUGUAGAAGCGGUGCAGAAAUAUCUGGACACCUCUAGUGAAGCGCCCUUGUUCAUCCGGGGCCGAUAUACCGAUGGUCGAACAAACCUAAUCAUCGCAGCAGCUGAGCAGAGCUCGGCGAUGGUGUCUCUUCUUAUUGAGCAUGGGGCUGAAGUAAAUGCUGCUGCCAAGAGUGGAAGGACUGCGUUAAUGGAGGCAGCACUCUUUGGUCGGGUCGAGAACGUCAAGGUUCUCCUCAAGAACAAUGCAGACAAAAAUCUUCGAGAUAUCGAAAACCGACAGGCCAUUGAUUUUGCUCAAGACAAGCGCCGAAACAAACGAGAGAUAUACGAUCGUACCGGGGGCAACUCCAUGUCUUCAUCUUAUCGACGACUGGGUUAUAUCGAGGAUACAUUCCAGAGGGACAUUGAUCGCCAGGAAAUUGUACGCCUCCUCGGAGGAGAGAACCGGAAGUCAAGAAUUGCUUUUGGGAGACCUCCCACCUUAAUCAUGUCCCAGUCCUACUCUUUCAAACACUCGCCUAUGCAAGACUCGCUUGUAUUAUAUGGUCCAAUUGAAGAAUAUCCGAUUAUCCGAAGACGGCAGACGGUGGCACGCCUGGAACGAGGCGGGAAAUUCCCUUCCGUUGGAGCUAUGAGCGGAUGGUCACAUCCCUCUGUCCAGUCUCUCAGGGUCGACGGCAGGCAGUGGACCGAUGACGUAUUUUACAUCUCGGAAGUCGUGGGCCAUAUUUUCCCUCGUGACAACUACGAUCAGGGUAGAGAUGGUCAAUACAAUGCAUGUCAUGCAGAAAAGCAGUUGAUUGCAUACUUCAUUGAUCGUCAUGUAUUCCUCCCACGCGAUGGACAGCCGGACUCAGAACUGAAGACAGAGAUUGAGUUAAACGACGAUGAGCUUGAGGAGUUCCUUUCAACGACUCAAACGGGGCGCCAAGUUACGUCUCUAAGAAAGAGAAAGAAGGACCUAGAGAAUGAGCUAUUCGAUGGGGAUGAAAAGCUCGUCGGUAAACAUAAUCAAAUCCGGGCAUUGAAGUUGGAGCUCAAAUCUGUUGAAACCACCCUAAAUCGGCUAAUCGCUACCCCCCAAGCCGCUCCGCUUUUACGGCUUGAAAGCCAACUGGAGGUUCUAAAUCACCAAAAAGACAGACAUGAGGACCUGAUCAGUAUGGCUAAUGCGCCACCCCCGGCAUCAUUAACCGAGGCGGUUAUAUUGAUAAGCUCGCCUGCUUGCAGGGACUGCAUCAUGUUCAAAGACAAAGUUAAUAUUUUUUUUGGGUUGUCUGUACAAUUAAUUGCGGCACUUUGA